AUGGCCUGCCUGGCCCAACAAGGACUAGGCCCAGAUCCACCGGCCCAGUUGGAGGAGAAGAAGAAGAAGAAAAAUUCCCUCUGUUUUUGCCAGACGUGUCACAAGGUGGCCAAGAUCGAGAAGCCGGAGGCGGAGCUGGCGGACAUGACGGUGGGGCACGUCGGCCGCGACGGCGCCACCCUGGCGGGGCGCAUCGACGUGCGCAACCCCUACUCGCACGCCAUCCCCGUGUGCGAGAUCAGCUACUCGCUCCAGAGCGCGGGGCGGGAGGUGGCGUCGGGGACCAUGCCCGACCCGGGCUCGCUCGCCGCCGGGGGCACCACUCGCCUCGACGUGCCCGUCAAGGUGCCCUACGACUUCCUCGUCAGCCUCGUCAAGGACGCCGGCCGGGACUGGGACAUCGACUACGAGAUGCGCGUCGGCCUCACCGUCGACCUCCCCGUCCUCGGCAACUUCACGCUGCCGCUCACCAAGUCCGGCGAGCUCAAGCUCCCGACACUCUCCACCAUCUUCUGAUCAUCGAUGGCCCGGGCCAUCUGGAUGAAUGAAUGAAUAUCGAUGACGAUCGAUGUACUACUGCCUUCUGCGUGCAAUCGCUCUGCUCUCAUGUUGCUUAAUUAAGGCCAGAGUACGUACUAGUAUGUAUUUUAUUUGCACAAGUUUUGGAGAAAUAAAUAUAAGUGGAAUAACUGCAGAUAUAUAUAGUAUGUUUUUUGAGGUC